UUUUUUUUCUUUUAAUUGAACCAGAAUCUGAGAAAUUCGUAAUCAUCAAGUUCAGGCUUUAUAGUUUCGCAAAUUCAAAGGUUGUAACUUUCUGGGGAUUUCGAUGUAUCAUCCGACGAGGGGUGGUGUUCGUGGUGGUCGAGAUCAAUUCAGUUGGGAUGAAGUGAAGGCUGAUAAGUACAGGGAGAAUUAUUUGGGUCACAGUAUCAAAGCCCCUGUUGGAAGAUGGCAAAAAGGUAAAGAUCUUCACUGGUAUGCUAGAGAUAAAAAGCAAAAGGGUUCUAAUACGGAUGCUAUGAAAGAGGAGAUUCAAAGAGUUAAGGAACAAGAGGAACAGGCCAUGAGGGAGGCUCUUGGCUUGGCACCAAAGUCCUCUACAAGACCACAAGGCAAUCGCCUUGACAAGCAAGAGUUUACUGAACUUGUGAAGAGGGGUUCUACAGCUGAGGAUUUGGGUGCAGGGAAUGCUGAUGCUGUGUGGGUUCACGGCCUUGGCUAUGCAAAAGCACCACGACCUUGGGAAGAUCCCAGCACCCUUGCAUCCUCUCAGAAGGAAGACGCAGAGCCAGCAGGUUUGCCAGCAGAAACAUUAGGGGUCAAAGCUGUUGAAGUUGGACUGGAUGAUGUUGAGAGGGACCAGAAAAAAGAUAGGCAUGAGGAAAGGAAACCUUCAAAGAGAGAUAAGGAAGAGAGACAUGAUAGGCGUGAAAAACGCGAAAGACAUGAGAAGCGACGCACUCGUGAUUCAGAUGAGAGAAAGAAGCCCAAGAAAGAGAAGAAGGAUAAAAAGAGGAGGCAUGACUCUGAUUCCGACUGAAGUUAAUUGCCACGGUAAUGGAUUUUUUUCUCUCUGAGGGAGAGUGGUCGGUUCUUGUUUCCAAAAUAAUAAAAUCCAGCUGUGUUGCAAGAGUUAAAUCUGUUGGUCAUUGCAUAUCAGAUCAUGGAGCAAGGAUAUCAAUGUGCUAUUGUUGUUGAAUAUCGAUGGAAUCAUUUGGAGAACUGAGUCAAUGUUUUUCUUUAAUUAUGUAAAGAUAAUGUGAUCUGAUAUUGUAGCAAAACCAGACAAGUGUUUGUGAUCAUCUGUGUUGUUUAAAAACCACUUAAUGUUA